UGAACUUCCUGUUGAAGGACAUUUCUGCUAAAAAGACAGGGAAGAUAUUUUAUAUUCACAUCAGUACCUGGCUACGGACUUGUAUUUCCUGUGAAAUCCAUGAAGGAUCAUGAAGGAUGUCAGUGACAGUAGUAUUGGAUGCAGCGGUGAUGCAGAGGAUAAGCCAUUGCCUGUUCUGCCCAGUUCGGACAAUGUCUGCUUAGAGGAGACGCCUUUAAGAUCUUCCUCUCAUUGUGAGGAGUGUGACACAAGCAGAGCAUUACCAGAGUUCUCCAAUACUUGGGGAGACUUUGAGGGGUUUGAAGAAUUUACUCCACAGUCGGAGCAAUUUUAUUAUGCUGAUGAAGCAUUGCAAUUGGACUCUUUUACUUCUUCUACCUCCGAUGGAGAACAUUGCACUGAGCAAGCUGAUGUCCAAGAUGAAUGGGAUCCAUUUAAUGAAGAAGAUAAGGAGCACACCCAGGACUGUGAACAAAUCUUUAAACUGAGCUUUCCAGUUCCAUCUGUGGAGGAGACGAGUGAGGAUGUGAAGAGCCUGGACACACUUUUAGCUUCUACAUCUAAUGGAGACAAUGUUGUGUCCCAGUUACUAAAAUCUCGCUUAUGGCUUGAUGGUGACCGGUCAGAGAAAGACAUCCUGCCAGGUAAUCCUAGAUGUGACUGGCGGAAUUCUAAGGGGUGCCGGGAUCUCAUGUCACUGCUCUGCAUCUCUGCUGAAAAUACGUCUGCCAAGGGAGAUGAAAUUGCUAAGGAUUUAACAGAUUUAGGUGAAACUUUGCACACUAAUACAUCUUUAAUUCAGACCAAGUUGGAUGUGGCUCCAGGAUGCAAGCAAGGCCGUAUAUUUUCCUAUCAGCUGUUUUUGAAGAAGCCUUCAGCUGAUGUCCCGAUUUCCUUCCUUACUUUUUCGGGAAAGAAGAGUUUUUUCAGUACAAACCAAAUGCGUUUUAAUUUUUAGAUUGCCCAAGGCAAAGCCUGUCCUUUUUUUUGUUUUAUUGAGGUGUAUUACAUAUGCAUAAUAUUUAUACUACAUUCUUUUUAACUGAACUUUAGAUCUAUGACAUUUAACUUAUUGCACUGUAUAUUCUGAAACGUUUCACCAAUGCGUGCACUGAACGCAACAGCACAGGGUGA